AUGGCUUCCAUCCCUGACAACCGCAAGCUGCCGAAGAGGGAGGCGGAUCUCUUCAAGUCUAUCCUGAAACUGUACGAGCGGAAGGAGUACAAGAAGGGUCUCAAGGCGGCGGAGGCGGUGCUCAAGAAGUUCCCCACCCAUGGAGAGACGCUGGCGAUGAAGGGACUGACCCUCAACGCCCUGGGCAAAAAGGAAGAGGCGCACGACCAUGUCCGAAGGGGGCUCCGUGCGGACCUGCGCAGUCACGUGUGCUGGCACGUGUAUGGCCUGCUCCACCGGUCGGAGCGCAACUACGCCGAGGCGAUCAAGAGCUACCUCAACGCUCUCAAGCACGAGCCGGAGAACCUGCAGAUCCUCAAGGACCUCGCCGCCCUGCAGAUACAGAUCCGGGAAGUCAAGGGUUUCGUGGAGACUCGCCGGAAGCUCCUUGGGCUCAAGUCCAACCUCCAGCAGAACUGGACGGCGUACGCGGUGGCCAAUCACGUGGCCGGUAACGCGGAGACGACCGUGCAGGCCAUCGAUGCCUUCGUCAAGACCCUCAAGGGAGACAGGUACCAGCGGGCGGACGAGCGGUAUCCCCACAGCGAGCUGCUGCUGUACAAGAACCUCGCUCUCAGCGACGCGGGUAUGACCCAGGAGGCUCUCGACCACCUCGAGGAGUGCUCGGAUAAGGUGAUGGACAAGCUCGGGUGGACGAAAAAGAAGGGUGAGCUGCUGCUGGCCCUGGGAAGGCACGAAGACGCCGAGAAGAUAUACAGGGAGCUGCUGGACAGGGGAGACGAGGACUACACCUUCCACAGAGGGCUGCAGUGCGCGGUGCUGAAGCUGCCGCCCAAGCAGUGCGAGGAGGCACUCAAGCUCAGGGCCUGCGAGCUACCGUCGGGAGCGCUCAGGGCCGCGGGGAAGCUCGGGGAGGCGGAGGUGGAGACGCUCACGAAGCUUUACCGCGGGCUCAGGGAGAGGUUUGAGGGGAGCCCCGCGGCCGCGCGCAUCCCGCUGACGUUCUUGGAGGGGGAGGAACUCCGCUCGUCUCUAGACGCGUACAUGCGGCGCUACCUCCGCAAGGGUGUACCCUCUCUGGGCACGGACCUUUCCUCCGUGUUCGAGAAACAGGGGGCCCCGACGUCUGUAGCGGCAGGGGGUGACGCGGAUGGCGGGGAGGAGAAGCUGGGGAGACCGUCCCCUGUGGUUACCGACGCCUUCGAUCUGCGGAACCACCCUGUCCAGCAGAUGGUCAUGGACCUGACGAAAAGUUUCGUCGAGUCUCUCCGAUCGACCGGGAGGUUUCCUACUGCCGAGGGGGAGAAAGACGGCGACAAGGAGCCGGAGGAGACGUUGGCGUGGACGUUGUUCCUUCGGGCUCAGCUCGAAGAGAGGACGGGUUUCCUGCAGGAGGCCUACGAUACUCUUGAGGAAUGCGCCGCGCUGCAGCCGACCAUGCUUGACUUCCUGCAGCGGAAGGGCCGCGUGCUGAGGAAGAUGGGGGCUCUGACGAGGGCAGCGGAGGCGGUAGACUCGGCCAGAAUGCUCGACAAGGCGGACCGCUACAUGAACAGCAAGGCGACCAAGUAUUUGCUGCGUGCCGGGCAGAUCCCGAAGGCGGAGCAGACGAUCGCUAUCUUCACGAGGCACGAGGGGGACCCGCAGCACAACCUCUUCGAGAUGCAGUGCAGCUGGUUCGAGCUAGAAUGGGCCGAGGCUCAGAUCCGCGCCGGUAAGCCGGGCCUCGCGAUGAAGAAGGCCCUCGCGGUGCACACGCACUUCGAGGACUUUGUGGAGGACCAGUUCGACUUCCACACGUAUUGCAUGCGCAAGGUUACCCUCAGGUCGUACCUCGGGAUGCUGCGCAUGGUGGACGACCUUCGGUCGCAGAAAAGCUACCGCCGCGCGUCCGCGCUGCUGGUGCGGGCCUAUCUCCGGCUGCACGACGAGCGCCCGGGGAGUGCCGGGGGCGGUGGCGCAGCGGGGCUGCCGGACAUGACCAACAUGACCGCUGCGGAGAAGAAGCGGGUCAAGGCGAAGGCCCGGAGGGAUGCCAAGAAAAAGGCGGCGGAACAGGAGCUCGAGAAGCAGCAGAUGCUUGAUGAGGCUGCCCGCCAGAGCGCCCUCGCCAAAGAGACCGCCAACGGCUCGUCCAAGACGGACGACGGCGGCGGCGGCGGCGAGAAGAAGGGGGGCCACAACAAACGCCGCGGGAGAGCGGCGGCGGCGCCACCCGUGGACCCGGACCCUCUGGGCCUGACGCUGCUGGAGAAGGACCCCCUCCCCGAGGCCGCGAGGCUGGUCGCGCUCCUGAGCGCGCACGCCGGGGCCUACGUGGAAACCCACCUGCUGGCGUUCGACGUGGCCAUGAGGAGGGGGAAGUACCUGCUGGCUGCCCGGGCGGUCAUCAGGGGCCGGGCCUUGGAGCCCCGCAACCCCGAGCUGCUGCUUCGCACGAUCCAGCUCUAUCACGAAGCGCAAGCAACGCCUCCUUCUCCUGGACAACCCGCCGCAUCCUGCGCCCCAGCGGAUGGUUCUAGCACGCCCUCACCCACCACGGGACCCGCACCACCAUCCCCGUUGGUGGCACGGGUUCUCGCGGAGGAGGCGGAAGGGUUGCUCGGAACGGGCGGCCUUGCCGGGGCUGUUGCGGAACUGGUAAGGCUCGCCGAGGACGCGGAGACUGGUUCCCUCGGGGCCAGGGUUUGCGCCGCGAAGGCGUUGUCGCUAACGGCGGCGGAGCAGGGACGAGAGCAGGCGGUGAGGAUCGUCCGCGAGGGGUUGGACGGGAGGGGAGUGACCGUCCCCGGGUGCGCCAACGCUGUCGAGGCUGUCAGGGGUGUUGUUGGGGAGGACGGCAGCGCCGCCGUCGAGGCGUUGAGAGAAGUCUGCGGCAACACUUUCCCCAACGCCGAGGUGUUCAAGUCUUCUUCGGCGCAAGAGGUUGUUGCUUCGAGUGGGUGAUUUUUUUUGGCUGAUUACGGGGAGGGGCGAGGAUUCUGACUGAUAGGAUCCGGCGGAGGAACAUCAGUGUGUGUGGCGGGUUACCACGUAUGCGGUUCUCGCUGUAUGGCCUAUCUCUCUCUCUCUCUCUCUCUCUCUCUCUCUGUGUGUGAGGGCAUUAAGAGCGGGUCUCUACCCACCCUUCGCUCGAGUUGUGUAAACGGCUGCAGGCUUUCGGCCGCCGGGGGCUUUGUCAGGAACAAUUAUAUCGUGAGAUGU